GUAAAUAUGCGGACAAGAAAGAAAUAUUCUCUAUCUCCUAAGACAAAAAUUAUAAGAAGAAAUUCUAACCGUAAAAAAGAAAAUUUAUCAAUCCAAUAUAAAAAUUUACAAUCAAAGUUAGGAUUAAAAGAUCUACGUAUCAUCUUGCGUGAUAUUGCUGCAGACAAUUUAAUUCCACCGCAUCAGCAAUAUUUGAUUACUAAAAGAAUUAACUCUGCAAAGGUAAUUAAUAAACGUAAGAUAAGUACAAAUAAAAAGACCAAUUUGAAGAAAGGAAAAUCUUCAGUUAAUGGUAAUAAAAAAUUAAUACGUUCUAAAGUUAAGUAUACUUCAAAAACUAUUAAAAAAAAAUCUUGCUUGAGAACUAUUAGAAAACAUGGCUCAAAGAAAAAAAAAGAAACGAAAAAAGAAUUGGACAAACAAUUAAAUGUUGAUACAAAUUUAUCAUAUACGAAAGAACGAGAAACUUGUUUCGUUAAACCCUUACCCUCAAUUGAUAAUGACAAUGUAGAAAAACGUAAAUUAAAUAUAAAUAACACUGUUGAAUAUACAGAGAAACAUAAAAAUACAAAUUCAUCUAUUGUUACCAAGAGUUAUAAAAUAAAUUUAUUUUCUGAUACAUCUGAUGAAAAAGUAUCGAUACCUGAUACAAGUAUUACAAGUGAAUUAAAGAAUCAUGAUUUAAAUUCCAAAGAAAAUCCAGAUAUUGACUUUAUUAAUAAUCAAAAUUUGAAAGAUGAAUAUUUACAUGAGAAAGCGUAUAGAAAAUUUUCAGAAGAGAUGCAAAUUGUUCCUUUGAUCUCGGAAGAUAUAAAAAAAGUGGAUGUUCAAAGUUCCAAGAAAGAAAAAAUAUUACCAGAAGUAAUAAAUAAUAUUUUAAUUAAAAAUAUAAUAAUACUAGUAAAAGAACAUGAUAACAAUAGUACGCACACGUCAAAUGAUUCACAGCAUAUGAAUUAUUCUACAGACACAAUAUCAAAAGUAAAAAUUAAUGAGUGUUCCUUGGUUGAAGAACCUAAUAGAGUAAUCGACCUAACAGUAGAUAAUGUACACGAAUUUAUUGAAAGUCGCAAACAGAGUUAUCUGUUCCAAUUACAAAUUAAUAAUUCAUCAAAUAUAGCUGCCACAAAUGUUUGCAACUCGAUUAAUGAUAAGACUACUGAUACAAUGUUACAAAUUAAAGAAGAUAGUGAAUCUGUUUCUCAUAAAAAAAGAAACUGGCUUGGACAAAAUGAAGAAGUGCAAUUUAAUAAGGCUAGUAAUAAAAAAUUUAAACUCGAUAGAACGUAUAUACAAGAAAAAAGUUGUGAUAUGAAAAAUAAUUUUCUAUUUAACAGUAAUAAUAGCUGUAAUACAUUCUCCAAAUGUGAUGACCUAAAUAAAAAUGAUAAUAAUGUGCUACAAAAUACAGAUGAUCAUAUAACUUCGAAUUCUAAUAAUAAUAGUAACACUCCGUAUAAAGCACAACUUAUGCAAGAAUCAAUUAAGACUGAUUUUGAUGCAAAGAAGGAUGUUUCUAAUAGUUUAUACACAAUAUUUGAUUUAGAAAAUGAAAAAAAUGAAUCAAUACCAACGAAAGAACAUAGUACAAAUACAGGAAAUAUUGAUGAAGACAAUUUGAAUGAAGCUAGAGUAUUAGCUUGCAGAACACAACUAGAUGACCAAGAGCAAGUAAAAAAUAAAACACAAGAUGAUACUAGUGAUGAUGAUUGUAUUUCCCUAUAUGCCGAAACAUUCAUAACUCGAGACGAGAUUUUUAUAUUAAAUAAUGAAAGUAAAACAAUAACUGAUUGUAAAAAUUAUAAAAUGAUAGAGAGUGAUCAGAAUACUUUGGAUACAAAUAUACAACAUAAUAUUUUAGAAAGCCCUAAAAUAUUUGAUACUUUUGCAGAAUCAGAUAUUUCACUAAAUAAAGAAUUUUCCAAUUCACAGGACACGAUGAAAUAUGAUAAUAUACAAACAAGUGAUAUUUCUUCUACAGAUAUAUUAUCUGCAAAUGCUAAAACCACUACUUCUAUUAAUUCUGUUUCAGUAAAUAAUAAUAAAGACUCAUUUUUUAAUAAUAAUUGCAAUGCAUACAAUGCUAAUAGUGUUUCUAAUGAUAAAACUGUAAUUCAACAUAUUAAGAAAAUACAACUGUGGAAAUAUAAGAAAUAUAUAAAGGGAUAUUGUUAUUGUUUUAUAAAAAAUGGUCUUUGCCUUAAAAAGAAGUGUUUUUAUAAACAUGACUUACAAAAAUUAAUUGAUAAAGUGAUCUGUGAAUGUAACCAACAUCUUACUAAUGUAAUAGAUCAUUUAUGGUCUUUGGGAUAUAUAUAUUUUGUAGAAAUACUAUAUAUUCGAACUGUAGAACAAUUUGAUAUAACUUCUAUUAUGAAUAUAUAUAAAAAGUUUUAUUUACAAAAAAGGAUACAUUUACAAGUUAUUUCUGCUACAAUAAAAGCAUUCUUGAAGAAGGGAAUGAAUCCCAGUCAUGUAGUAAAUAAUUUGUGCAAAAGUAUUACUCAUAAUGAUAAUUUAACACCAUAUUAUAUAAUGAUUUCGAUGAAACAAAGAAUAAAAUCCAGUGAUUAUUGGAACACCUUGCGUACUCUAUUUCGAUUUGUAAAACCGGACAAAGAAAUUAUUGAACCGAUAUUAAAUGAUUGCAUAAUAAAUCACAGGAAUAUUCAAGAUGUUUACAUAAACUUAAUAAAAAAGUUACAUCCUAAUGAAAUAAAACGAUUGGAUAAAAAUUUAAUGUCAUCUUUUAAUAAUCUAUUGCAACAUCAGUAUCAAAAUUGCUACGAUGAAAUCUCUCCAAAGUCAAUAGAUAAUAAUGAAAACUUUUGUAACAAACCAUAUACAUUACAUUCAAUAAGUAAUUUAUCUAAACCACACUCUUUGUACAGGGAUAAAUUUUGGCAUUUACAUCGGAUGCUAAAUAAUCUAAAGGAAAAACUGUUACACGAAGAUUAUGACUAUGUUAUUAAUAUGCUAAAUAUGUAUCAAGAAACAGAUAAUGAUCAAUCAUUAUAUUCACGUUCUUGCUUUCGAAUAUUCUGUACGGAAAUAAAACACUCAGAAUAUUAUAUAUCUAAGAUUAUUAAACACGCAGUCCAAACCGGUGCGAUCAAUGUUGUAUCUAAAAUAUUGGAUAUUGCCAUAUAUAUUUUAACGAAAUUAGUUAUAGACGAAAUUUGGAUACAAGCAUAUAAAUUACUGGAAAUCUUACAGAUAUGUAAUGUGUAUCAUGAUGCUGCUUUUGUUAUCUUGUCAGCUGAAAUUUAUUUAGCAAAUAAUCAAGUUAUUAAAGCAUUCAUGUUACUUAAGCAAAGCAAUAUAAUAAGUACAAAUCGUAAAAAUUGGAAUGUCAUAAGUAAUGCAGAAGAUUAUUAUCUUAGAACAAAUAUAAUAAGUAUUUUAUUGGAUGCACUUUGUGAGGAAUCUUCAGAAUAUGCAUUUUUUAUGUUUCAAUUUUUAGUCAAAGAUCAAGUUAACAGUUUUGAACCUAUAGAUCUUGCAUGUUACGUAGACAAAUUGAUGUUAAAAUUUUUAACAAAAAAAGAAACCGAGUUGAUUGUUAAAAUGGGAUAUAUGAUAAUUGAAUAUAAUUUCACAUUUAUUAAUAACGUGACAUGUCGUGCAGCAAUAGCAACUUUAGUUUACAGUGAUAUUAUGCUUGCUAAACAAUUGUAUCAAUAUGCAUCUGGUCUUGGCAUAUAUAGGACAAUAGAGAUAUCAUCUGUUAUACGCAUCUUAAUAAAUUCUGAUUGGGUAGAAGAAGAAAUAUAUCUAUUGUUUCUGGAUUUUUUUCGAAGACUUGCCAUGAAUGUUGGUCAUACUAUCGAUCGUUUUAACCCUAUGGAGCUAUCUAUAUAUAUUAUUUUUGAGGACAUACCAACAGAAGCAAACCUUUAUUAUGAAAAAUCCUAUGAUCAAGAAAAAAAACAAAUAAAUAUUAGUAAACAAUUGGUAAGACAGGUAUUACAUACUCAGUUUGAUCCAUCAUUAACAAUGACAGGGAAAGUAAAUGAUACAAUAGUGAAAUUGAACAGUACGUCAGUUAUAGAUUAUUUAAAGUAUACAUAAGAAUUAUGUUUGAUAAAAAUGUAUACUUCAAAAUUAUUGUUUCGGUCCAGAUAUAUAUAAAAACUUUAUAAGAUCAAGUACAAUUCUUUAAACUUUUUUGUUUAUUAAUCUCAUUACAUAAUGUAUCUAUAAUAUGUCUGAAUACAUUUAUGAUAGACUAUACAAAUUGUCUAAAAUUUAGGAUCCAAGUAAUAUUCGAUGACAAAUAUCUACAUAUAUAUAUAUAAAUAUACG